AUGAAUGUUUUUACAGACUCCAUCAACCAGUUUUUGUUGACAGUGACAGGGAACCACAACAAUAAUUUUCAUUCUGAAACGAGGCUAUUCAACAAAAUGUCGGACGACAAAAGCGUGGUAACCGUGAAAGCCGAUUGUAACAGGAAAAGAUUUUCAGGCAAGCCAAAGAAAAUCCUAAAUCAAAUUCCAACUGAGAUUUCCGAAGACCCAAAAAUUAUUGAAGCUAUAAAACUGCUCCCUGAAAACUACAAUUUUGAAAUAAAGAAGACAAUUUGGAAAGUUAGAGAUGCAAAAGCUAAGAGGGUUGCACUACAGUUUCCUGAAGGACUUCUCUUGUUUGCCUGCACUAUUUCGGAUAUUAUUGAACGAUUUACUGAAGCAGAAACCCUCAUAAUGAGUGACGUCACAUAUGGUGCCUGCUGUGUAGAUGAUUUCUCUGCGAGGGCACUUGGUUGUGACUUCAUGGUCCACUAUGGUCAUAGCUGCCUUGUGCCUAUAAACGCGACGGAAGGUAUCAAGAUGCUGUAUGUCUUUGUGGACAUCAAAGUUGAUCUCAGCCACUUCAUAAACACUGUUAAGCAUAACUUUAAUGCAGGGGCUAAAAUCGCAAUGGUUAGCACAGUACAAUUUCUAUCGACCUUACAGGCAGCUCAAAAGGAAUUAGGAGCAGAUUUCGUUGUGGACAUUCCUCAAGUUAAGCCCCUGUCACCGGGAGAAAUCCUCGGCUGUACAUCACCAAAACUAAAAGAUUCUGAAUACAUCGUUUACCUCGGCGAUGGACGGUUUCAUCUCGAAUCAGUUAUGAUACAGAACCCAACAAUACAGGCAUACAAGUAUGAUCCUUACAGCAAAGUCUUUACCAAGGAGUUUUAUGAUCACGAAAUGAUGCUUUCAAUAAGAAGAAAAGCGGUCCAAUUAGCUACAUCUGCCUCAAAGUUCGGUAUUAUCCUUGGCAGCUUGGGCAGGCAAGGCAGCCCCAAAAUUCUAGAAUCGUUGGAAGAAAAGCUCAAGCUGCUUAAUAAAGACUACAUCAUUGUGUUGCUAUCAGAGAUAUUUCCACAAAAGUUAAAGUUAAUGACAGACAUAGAGGCAUGGGUGCAAAUUGCAUGUCCACGACUUUCGAUAGACUGGGGAACUGCAUUUGAGAAACCAUUGCUAACGCCAUAUGAGGUAAUGGUGGCGCUGUCACAAACUGAAUGGCAAGAAGUUUAUCCAAUGGACUUUUAUGCGAACGAAAGUUUAGGGGAUUGGACAGUGAACAAUGAAAGACAUAGACCGAAAAGGCCAAUUAGAAAGCCAAAUGAGGGUGCAAAAUUAGGAAAAAAUAAAGAAACGGUGACAACGUAGCAAUACUUGAAAUCUAAUUCGCCCUGCAUUGGUAUUUUGUAAAAUCUUACGUUAAUUAUAAUUGAACAUUUAUGUAACAACUUCUAGCGUCCACGCGCAAUCAAGCUAACCUGCGUCUAGCAACCUAGGAUUAUUGUACAAAAUAGAGGAUCCAUACCCCCUGAAUGAAACUUCUUUCCACAUGCUAUAUAUGCUACAAGCCUUUCCAAAACAGUGCAGAAAGUUUUUGAGAAGGAAUUUUGGCAAUCACCAAAGAGUUAAUAGCUGUCAUAUUUUCAUUGGUGUCUAACUUCUUGUUUUUUUCUGUCAAUGAUUGUAUUUAAUGAAUGAAAAAUGGUCCACAUGUAUCCGGAUAUAUGCGCCUUUAAAUGAGUUCCCCCUUUAAGCGAGGAAAAAGUAGGAAAGCGGAAAUUGUGGAAUCAACCAAACAGCUCGCGCGCCCAUGUUUAGACGGCGCUUUUCAGACAGAAGUGACUUUAUUUACAUUUGCUUUGUUUAUUACAGAUAGGCUAACUGGAUUAAGUUUUGCAUUUGAUUCUUUGUUAAGUCAUAUUUUAGAAGAACUGUAUAAGUUCGAUUUGAAUUAGCAGCUCCCCGAUUUAAAAGAUAGAUGCUCCCCUUCCUUUUCAAACACGAUGGAGACAAAAGCAAAAUGCAAUAGAAUCGUUUCAAUUUAUUGACUUCCACCGUAGCUUGCUCUUCCAUGGGUGUACAGUUUUGUUUUUAUAACGGGGAGGGAGAAAAAGUUAUAAUUCAUAUAUUUUUGCUUGAAAGUGUAAUGAGUAAAUGUAAUAUACAAUAUAAUUAUGUAUAAUGUGCAAGUGAAUAUAUUUGUCCAGAGAAAUGUAAAGAAACAGCUAAAAUGCACUUCUCUAAAUUCCCAGUUAUGUCUUAUAAUAAAUUGCAAGAUUCUGUACAAGCAGUUUAGAUCUUAAAUUCUUAGCCGAUUCUUAAAGAUCUUCGCAGUGGGAUCAAAGAGAUUGACAAAUGGAAGGUAUGUUUUAGCCGUUAAAAAGAAAGACAUCUAUCGAGUUUUUGAAAAAAAAAAUACAAGCGUGACAUUCAUGCAAUAAGUUUUAUGUACAUUUAUAUUAUGCAAGCAUGUUUCAAUUCCUAAAGUGUUUUUAUGAUGAAGAAAGACAGUAGCAAAACUGAAACUUUCUUGCUCGAUUCUUAUCAAAUUUACACGUUGUGUCGCUUAAGAAUAAUUUAAGAACAUUCUUAGGCUCUGAAUCACAAUUCUUAGUACAGAACUUGAAAAUGGCUUUGAAAAAAGCAAACAUUUUACAACAUAUUAGCUAAAAGCUUUUUAGUUAAUAUGUUGUAAAAUAUUUGCUUUUUUCAAAGCCAUUUUCAAUUUCUUAGUAAUUUUAAGGCUCAGCAGAAUUUAGGUAUUCCUAUGUCAAAUAAAUGCGUAUGAUUUUAUUUCCUUUUUCUUUACUUUCAAGAUUAACCAAUUCUCCUGCACCCCCUCUCCCAUACCUCAUGUUCCUCCCAAUGUACAAUCCCGUUCCCGUAAGAAAUCAACGUGGAGCUGGCAAUUGAACAUGACCACAUAUUUCCGAUCUAUCUAUAAAGAUUUUGAAUUUGGUACGCAGGGUUGUACUUUGGUAUACUAGAGGUAUGCAGGAUAUCGUAAACAAUAGAAAGGGGCAAGAAUAGGUUUUGUUGUGAACCUUUUGUUUCACGCGUUAGAUUUUGUGACAGAAAAUUUUCCAGCUUUUGGUUUUAUUAUUUAUAAGAUACAAACUGAUUAAUAUUACAUUGCUAUACUGCACUCAAAAUCUACGCCCUCUGCUCCUUCCUCCUCCUACCAACAACUCUCUACGACACGUGUUCCUUUUCCUAGGGACCUGGGGCGAGGUCUCUAACAGGUUUACUCUGGUAUUACACAAGAGGAUUGACCCCCCCCCCUCCCCCCAAGCUCCUCUUAGCACUGCUCCAGUUUUGGAAAGGUGCGCAGCAAUGGAUUCCAUUGUUAGAAUUGCCAGAAUACUUUUCGUUUUUGCUAGAGACAAGUUUCAAUAGGCCUGAUUUAUUGAAAAUACUUGGGUUAUCAAGAUGAACUAAAAAUACCCAUUGAUAACCUUUACCUUUCAAAUUGUGACCAUGCUGCUACGUAAAAUUUGCUUAUCAGUUCCAUACGUACAAUGAAACAACUAUUUUGGUUUUUAGGUUUCUGGAAAGUGUCAUACUUUUGGAAUGGUUUUGUAUCAACUCAAUGUAACCCUACGUAGUUCGUGACGUAAGUCCAGAUCUUGGUCAUAUAAACCCUAGACAAGUAUUCAUCUCGGAUAUGUAAAAUGUUAUCAUUUCCGCUUUAAAGAAUGAGAUUUACUUUUCAGGCUACAGUUGGAGACGAAAUCAAUCUGCUUUGUGGGAAUUCGUAAUUACUCAAUAUAGCCUGUUCAUCGUUGGAGGCACUCGUUUCUCUUUUUAAAACAUACAGGGGUACGUACAUAAAAGCAGUCUAACAGUGACUUUUUAUUCGGAAGUAAGGAUGGUGCCAUAAUUACUUUGAAAGCAGUGUGCGUAUGCUAUUAUCUGUAUUAUGUAGGCAAUAUUUAGAUUUGAUUGUUUGUAUUGAACGUCGAAUAAAAAUGUGAUAAGUUGUCUGUUUUCUGACACUGUCAGGUACGUCUUUUUCUUUUCGUGAAAGAAUUUUGUGCUUACUAAAAGAUCAACCUCGAAAAUCAUCUGAUAGCAAUUUUUCACUUGUUAUUAUUGUUUCUUCCUUAAACAUUGUAUAGUCACAUUUGCAUUUACACAAUCUUUGGAAUUUCAUAAAAUUCCUAUAGAAAAAGAUUCAAUCAAACAAAAGCCUUUUGCAAUGAAAAACAUGUACUGGGAAUGAUGAAAUUCCGAACAUGCUUUCCCGAAAGGCGUUACACUUAUCCAGUGUGUUUGUUGAGCAAAAGGCAGAGUAAAUACUAAAUGCCUUUCCCUAAAAGGAAGUCUGCUGUAAAUUGAAUCCUGGAAAAAUGUAUGUUUUUACAAAUCAAUAUUUGGUCAUAAGCACAGGACUCAAACUAAUAACCUUCCACCAUGAAUCCUUUCAGAAUGUGUUCUUUCUUCGGCUACUGAACUCCUGUUUUUACUCCCCAAACUCAAUCAAACCAAAACAAAAUCGCGCGAACAGUGUACUUGAUUACCCAGCAUGCACCGUUUUCAUGAAAGCGCGUAUUCAAUCUUUGGGUUGUAAUGGUAAAAGGACUUUGAGAAAAAGCAGGAAUGAAAUUUAGCAGUCCCUGUGUCAUUGUUCACAAAACAUUAAUGAAACAAUUUUAAGAACCUCACCCGAGCUUGGAUGUAAAAACUUUUCGCCUUGCAACGCGUUUUACCUUAUUUUCGUAUCGCGUAUAUCAUUUAUUUCUUUGGUGUUUAACCCGUAACUCCCUCACAUUGCAUUGAUUGUCAUUAUUGAUUAUAUGGAGACAUUUUAUGUCUUCUCUCUUGAUGUGGUCUUAACUCCUUUGGUCCAUGUAAAGCCCUCGUGUCGCCCCCUUAUUAGUAUAUCGACAGGAAUUUUGAAUAAUAUUUGAAUAUCAUCUUUUUAGACCAACAGUUAAGUAUAGUCACUUUGUCAUGGAUAGUAUCGAAUAUUCUGCAUCAACUGCCAAAGUCUUUUUUAAUUCGUCUGGAAUUUCUCAAGCAAACUACGGACAUGAGAAUCAAAGA